CUUUCCUCAGCACCAUCACCACCUCCAAAUCCAAUUCAAAAAUAACAACACUCCUCUCCUCCUCCAAUGGCUUCCUUCCUUUCAAACAAAAUAGCUCCUUUUCUUCUCCUACUCUUAGUUAGCUCUGCAAAUAAAUGUUCUGGGUCCAGAAAGCUAGCUUCUCUAUACCAACCACCUCCAAACCCUCUCACAUACCACAAAGGUGUCCUACUCCAAGGGGACAUCCCCAUCUCUAUACUUUGGUAUGGGAAUUUCACCCCAGCCCAGAAGUCCAUCAUCUCAGACUUCCUCCUCUCCCUCACUCCCCAACCACACCAAAAGCUACCCUCCACAUCCACCACACCCUCUGUUUCUAAAUGGUGGAACGCCAUCGAUAGCCUACUGCACAAAGUUGGAAAGAAGAAGACACAAAUAUCCUUGGCCAACCAAAUCUCCGACGAGCACUGUUCCAUCGGCAAACUACUCCAGAGGUCUCAGCUACCCGAGCUGGCUUCGAAGGCCAACCCCACCAAAGCUGGGGUGGUACUAGUCCUCACAGCGGAGGACGUCGCGGUGGAGGGCUUCUGCAUGAGCUCUUGCGGGUCUCAUGGCGCGCUCGCCGGCGCCGGCGCCGGCGCGGCCUACAUUUGGGUGGGGAACUCAGCAAGCCAGUGCCCCGGCCAGUGCGCGUGGCCUUUCCACCAGCCGGUGUACGGGCCGCAGGGGCCGCCCCUCGUGGCCCCAAACGGCGACGUUGGGGCUGAUGGCAUGGUCAUCAACCUUGCCACGUUGUUGGCCGGGACGGUCACCAACCCGUUCGGGGACGGGUACUUCCAAGGGGACGCCGGGGCGCCGGUCGAGGUCGGGGCGGCGUGCCGAGGGGUAUAUGGGAAGGGGGCUUACCCGGGCUACGCCGGAGAGCUGCUGGUGGAUGCCGGCACCGGGGGUUGCUACAACGUGGAGGGGGUGAAUGGGAGGAAGUCUUUGGUUCCGGCGAUGUUGGACCCUGCCACCUCUUCUUGCUCUCCUAUUGUAUGAAUGUCUGGAAAUGGAGGAGGAUUGGGAGUGGUUUCCUUUGUAAAUGGUUGCAUUUAAUUAAUAAACAAUUUAGUAGAUUUUUGAUUAA